AUGGUCAAGGCAAGACAUGACACGAUAUCCCAACUAAAACUCAAACUAUCGAGAAAAGUAAACCAAAAGUUCCCCCACAAGUCGCGAUUAUCCUUCAAGACCAAACACGAGUACAACCAAUUCAUAGCCAAGAUGAUAAAAGUUGUGCUCUCCCAUUUCAAGUUCGUAACUGACCUUCCCAAUAAGACAUAUGCUGAAGAUCUCGAUUUAUUGAAAGUGUACUCGCAUCAUGCCAAGGGCCACAUUUUUCUCGUCCAGUCCAUUUCACUAAUGCUAAUCCAUGAAACACUAGCAGACGUCACCAUCGACGUACAGGGGAAAAUUCAACCCCAGUUGGUAUUGUGCAAACUAGGCAUAUUAGCUGGUGACUAUUGCAUACUUGUACAGCAUAACCACAUUGAAAUAUGCAGCAUACCCCAGGUGAAGCAGUACAUGAGACGAACCCAACCUAAAUCUGAAGCGUACUUUAACCCUGUGGAUUUACAUGCAUUGUUUCGAUUAUUUAUUGAUGUGGAAUCAUAUGAGCAGGAAGUUAAGCGUGACAAUUGGAGUGUUCUGCAUCUGUAUCGUGCAAUGAGUUUGACUGGGUUUACUGAUCGCUCCCUCAUUGACUUGCUUCUGUCGAAUGUAUUCAGUGGUGAAUUUGUACUUCCCGAAAAGUUCUUGGGUCAUUUGAACAAUUUUAUACAUGGUUCAUAUCCUCAAUUUCCACAUGUGCAAGAUGUAGGAGAGUUAGUGAUGAAUAAACGAACAAAUAGAGUGGGGGUAGUGGUGCAUAAGUCAGAUGAGUUGCAUACAAUCUACACUACUUUUCACCAACUAGACAAAUGUCUAUCUCAACGAUUAGUCAAGGUACUGUUAAACACUCCCGACUUGUUGAUGAUUCUUGAUCAGAUGGGCUUGGAUGUUAUUGGAUUGUUAUAUUUCAAGGGGUUUACUUUUGACAAUGGAAUGCAGUUUAUUCCGUAUUAA